AUGUUUGUGAGCAAGAAAUGUCGUCAGCGGCGGGAAAGAAUUGCAGCAUUGAAAAUUGUUCAGAUGGCAUGGUAUUUGAAAAGGAGUAAAGCAAGAAAGGAUUUUUUGUUCUUUAUGAAGAAAGGAAUGGGAAUGAAUCAAGCAAAAAGAAAAACGUCUCAGAAUUUUAAUCCUGAAUCUUCUUUCUUUUCCCCGAAAAGAAGAAAAGCGAGAAAGAGAAAAAGGAAAAUUAUCAUACUGCUCUGUUAUUCCAAGCAUGUGAAAAUAUCAUCCCAUUAUGUUUUGAAUGCUCCAUGUGCUUAUUAUGCUUUUCUCAUCUCCACAAACGGCGUUAGAGAACAUCUUAAAAUGUCAAAAACAUUUUCAAUUCGACUUUACUGA